AUGAAGAGGCAGAACGUGCGCACCUUAUCGCUCAUCCUCUGCACGUUCACCUACCUGCUUGUGGGGGCGGCUGUCUUCGACGCUCUGGAGUCCGACCACGAGAUGCGCGAGGAGGAGCAGCUGAAAGCCGAGGAGACCCGGCUCAAGGGGAAAUACAACAUCACCAACGACGACUACCAGCAGCUGGAGGAGAUCAUCAUGCAGUCGGAGCCCCACCGGGCUGGGGUCCAGUGGAAGUUCGCGGGGUCUUUCUACUUUGCCAUCACCGUCAUCACCACCAUAGGUUAUGGGCAUGCCGCCCCUGGGACAAAUGCUGGAAAGGCUUUCUGCAUGUGCUACGCAGCUCUGGGCAUUCCGUUGACCCUAGUCAUGUUCCAGAGCCUUGGCGAACGCAUGAACACCUUUGUCAAGUACCUCUUGCAACGGAUGAAAAAAUGCUGCAGGAUGAGGAGCACCGACGUCUCCAUGGAGAACAUGGUGGCCGUGGGCUUCUUCUCUUGCAUUGGCACCCUCUGCAUAGGAGCAGCGGCCUUUUCCCAUUGCGAGGAAUGGACCUUCUUCCAGGCCUUCUAUUACUGUUUUAUAACAUUGACUACAAUUGGGUUUGGGGACUAUGUGGCCCUUCAGACAAAAGGAGCCCUUCAGAAGAAGCCGCUCUACGUGGCAUUUAGCUUUAUGUACAUCCUAGUGGGGUUGACGGUCAUUGGGGCAUUUCUCAAUCUGGUUGUUCUCAGGUUGUUCAUGAACAUCGAGGAAGAGAGACGGGAGGCCGAGGAGCGGGCGUCCCUGGCAGGGAACCGCAGCAGCAUGAUCGUCCGUAUCCAGGAGGAUUCCCAGCACGGGCGGCCACGGUAUAAGGCUGAGGUUACAGACCUGCAGUCCGAUUGUUCAUGCAUGUGUUACAGGUCCCAUGAAUACACCAGCCGGGUUGUGUCCCACCAAAAUUCCUUCAGCUCCAAGCUGAACCUCCAGUACUUUCACUCCAUCUCCUACAAGAUAGAGGAGAUCUCGCCAAGCACAUUAAAAAACAGCCUUCUCCCAUCCCCUGUCAGCUCCAUCUCGCCCGGGUUGCACAGCUUUACAGAUAGCCACUGGCUGAUGAGACGACGGAAGUCCAUCUGA